AUGAAAAAAGCUAUUCUUAAUCAGUUGAAACCAGAUAAAGAUAUCUAUUAUUUUCAUGAUAAAGCAAACUGCUGGAGCUCAAAAUCUUACCUCGCCCAAAAAGGUAAUCCUAAAUUGUCAUUCAGAGGUCCUUUCUAUCCCGGAGCUUUUCGUCCACUUAAAGACGUCGAUCAAAUCUCAAAUGAGAUUGAGGAAAUUCGAAAAUUGUUAGGCACCCAUCAAAGCGGGCCUGGAUGGAAUCUUCCGAGAACUCAUCGGUUCCAUAUUUCCAAUUUUCCAAAUGAAAUUUUGAAGAGGAUCUUCGCCUACACACUUGUUGCUACAGGCGGAGCGUUUGUUACCCCGACAGUAAUAACUUCCAAUUUUUGUGAACCAUACUUUGAAGCAGAUUAUCGAAUUUCUUUCCCAAACUCUCCUUGUUAUAACGGCUACAAGUCUUUCGAGAGUGGCUCGGAUGUGAUCCUUCGCAAGAACGUAUGUCUUAGACCAGACAUUCCUGACUCAGCUCCGUACGUUGAGCUUACAAGAGUUCUUCGUCCUCUUAUAGAUGCAACAUGUUUACGUACUUGCAAGCAACUAUGGGAGCUUGGAUCACAAAUAUUAUAUGCAGAUAAUGCAUACAGCUUCAAGAUGAAGGGCAACAGCAUCAUGCUUUAUGACAGUCCAUCUUCUUUGUUAUUCGAGGACAGCAACUACCACUGGCCAAGUCCCGAUAAACCUACCUUAUCCCAAGAGGGUAUCUCCAGCGGUCUCACGGUCAAAAAAUUGUCGGCUAGACAAUAUAAAUCCAAAAUCAAACGUGUCAUGAAUCAGAUUGAGAGGGGUGUCCCAAUUCUUAAGUUGGAGGGCUGGGCUUAUUACGAUCCAUUCAUCCGAUUUCUCUACACAAUCGGACCUAGAAGUAAACCUUCAAUUCACACUUUACGAUUCACAGGCUCUCCAAAAACCCAUGAGCGGGAACCCCUGGGGUGCCAUUGUCACGGCGUAGAUCUGUUACUCAACUUGCGCAUAUACAUCCCCUUUAUCAACAAAUUUUGUACAGGCGUAAGAAAACUUGUAUUAGAUACGGAUAUGGAUGUUUGCAAAACUACGAGUAGUUUGGAAAAUGUUGUCAGAAGCUUCGAUGAAGUCUUGAUACCGUUUCUGGGUGAACUCGAGAAACUUCAAAGAGUUCGCACUCUGGUGAUGAGACGGUGA